AUGGACAACCUUGAUGCUCCUGAAGACAAAAAAAAGGACACAAGUAAUCAGAGCAAAAAGGCACCAAAUCUAAGGCAAUCAAACAUUGUCAACCUCAACGUGGGUGGAAAGGUAUUUAAAAUUCCGAAGCAUUUGGUCCUCCAAUACCCCAAAACCAGGAUUGGAGUCCUUGCCCUCUGUAAUGAUCCGGUCAAACGUCUGACGCUCUGUGAUGACUACAAUGUUCAGAACAACGAGUUCUUUUUUGACAGGGACCCCAUGUUUUUCCACUACAUCUUCCACUUUUAUUGCAGCCGGGUCCUGUGGGUGAUGGAUAGUCUCUGCCCUGUCAACUUUGAGGAGGAGAUGUCAUUCUGGGGGUUGAAACUGAAGGACACUCCAAGGUGCUGCCGUAUUCUGUUUGAGGAGAAACUGGAUGACAUCAGAGACCAACUGAAGGUCAACCAGGAGCUGGUUGAUGAAAUUAAGCCUCAUCGAGAUGACGACAGAUACAAGACCAUGUUUCUUGGAGGCUUUCGGAAGACCCUCUGGGACUUAAUGGAGAAUCCUUACUCCUCACUGUCAGCCAAAGCUUUUGCUGUGUUUUCCAGCCUCUUUGUGCUUAUCUCUAUUGUGGCCAUGACACUGAAUACAGUAAAUGAACUCAGGCAGUACACAUUUGGUGACAGAACCUACAUGGAGUGGAUAGAAAUAGCUUCCAUCCUUUUCUUCACCAUGGAAUACUUUCUGCGGUUAGUCACCACAUCCAACCUCAAACAUUUUGUGAAGAGUGCCCUCAACUUUGUUGAUGUGGUGGCUGUUAUGCCCUAUUUCAUCCAGAUCAUUUUUGAGGCAUUUGUUAUGGAUUCAGAAGACGUCAGUGCAAAAGAAGAUUUAAAGACCAUGUCAAGGGUCAGUAAAGUCAGCAAGGUGCUCAAGGUCAUCAAGUUGAUGCGAAUCUUCCGUAUCUUGAAGCUUGCCCGUCACUCCACAGGCAUGAGGGCGUUUGGUUUCACCAUCCGACAGUGUUCUGAGCAGGUGUGCUGUCUGUUUCUGUUCAUUGCUAUGGGCAUCUUCACCUUCUCUGCUCUGAUGCACUCUGUGGAGGUGGAUCAGCCUGGGACACCAUUCAGCAGCAUACCAGAUGCCUGGUGGUGGGCUGCGGUGAGCAUCUCUACUGUGGGCUAUGGCGAUGUCGUCCCCAUCUCCUAUCUUGGCCGCUGUGUAGCAUUUGGUUGCAUCUCUUUUGGCAUCAUCCUCAACGGCAUGCCCAUCUCCAUUUUGUUCAACAAGUUUUCCGACUACUACGCCAAACUGAAGGAACAAGAAUACAGAGUUUCGAAUACAGAGCGCACCUUCCAGCUCAAGAAACGUCUGCGGCGCAAAUUUGACAACUGUUUCGAACCCCCGCCAGAGGACUCUGAUGAUGAGAUACAUUAUCGACCCAGAGUGGGACAAACUAUCCAUGAGGGCGAGGAUUGAACAAAGCUGCCAACUUGUGACCUCGCUAACCCUAAAUGGCCUUAUCACCCAUGGGUCUAGAAAGUGUAAGACCCCAUCUGCCUCCAACUCUGAGCCUCUGUGAUUGAAGAUAAACAAUCUAAGGGGGAAAUGGAGGCAGCAGGAAGUUGAGAUAAGCUUUAAGCCUCAGCUUCACAGUGCUGUUUACAUGUUAUGGGUGAUGACUCCUCAGUCAAAUGGACAAGAUGCUCCCACCGGACAACUUGUUAUCUAUUUCUAAGAAUAGCACCUUGCUGCAGCUAAUUCUGAUUAAACUGAAAUAUAUGUUUGACAUUUGACACAAGGAGUCCAUGUAGUAACAUUAUUAAUUAAAGCGUCUGUGCAUGUGAGGAACUGUUUUCAUUGGAAGUGCUAUUAAUGAACUAUUCUGAACAAUUGCAUGGUCUGUGUUUUACUCUAUGUUCUCAAUACUCUGCACAAAAGACAGUAUAACUCCCAUUUUUGUCUUCUGUAAAACUUUUGGCCAGUACCAACCAAGCUAAACAUCAUGGUGAGAUUUAGUAAUUGUCUUCCACUUUAAG